CGAAGCAUCAAAUCCCUUCUUGAAUACCUCCAAAGAAGCAUUAAAUCCCCUAUUGAAAGUGGUGCUCACAACCAACCAACCAACAGAUAUUCCCCAACAACAUUAACAGAGACCCAAAGGGAUUCUAGGUUGACUUGGACAGAAAAGUAUUAGUAGUAGUAAGAAUUAUGGUUGUUUCUUUCAAAGAAAGGCUUGGUUUGUUCGUCAAUAAUAGAUGGCUGGUAUUUGUGGCUGCAAUGUGGAUUCAAUCCUGUGCUGGAAUUGGGUAUCUGUUCGGAAGCAUAUCACCCACCAUAAAGACCUCUUUAAACUACAACCAGAGGCAGAUUGCCAGGCUCGGGGUGGCCAAGGACCUCGGCGAUAGUGUUGGAUUCUUGGCUGGGAGUUUGUGUGAGAUAUUGCCUCUAUGGGGGGCCCUUCUUGUUGGUGCUGUUCAGAAUUUUGUUGGAUACGGUUGGGUUUGGCUCAUCAUUACCGGUCGAGUUCCUGUGCUCCCGCUGUGGGCUAUGUGCAUACUGAUAUUCAUCGGCACAAAUGGUGAGACCUACUUUAAUACUGCAGCUCUAGUAUCAUGUGUGCAAAACUUCCCAAAAAGUCGUGGUCCUGUAGUUGGUAUCCUAAAAGGAUUUGCUGGUUUGGGUGGUGCUAUCUUAACUCAAAUAUAUGCUGUCAUCCACUCCCCAGAUCAUGCUUCACUCGUGUUUAUGGUUGCAGUAGGACCAGCAAUGGUGAUUUUGGCUUUCAUGUUCAUUGUCAGGCCUGUUGGCGGUCACAAACAAAUCCGCUCAACUGAUGGAUUAUGCUUCUCCUUCAUCUAUAGCAUAUGCCUAAUUUUAGCUGCUUACUUGAUGGGGGUAAUGCUUGUUGAAGAUCUGAUUGAUCUGAGCCACACUGUUAUCACAAUCUUCACACUGAUUCUAUUUGUACUCCUCAUAGUUCCCGUUGCAAUCCCUGUCGUAUUGAGCUUUUGUGAAGAGCCAAGAGUUCCAGCAGAAGAUCCCCUUCUGCCAACUGAGCCAGAAAAACAAGAGCCUGGAAAAUCUGCUAAUGAUAAUCAUGAAAUCAUUUUUAGUGAAGUUGAAGAUGAAAAACCUAGGGAAGUAGAUAUGCUUCCAGCUUCAGAAAGGCAAAAGAGAAUUGCCCAGCUUCAAGCCAAGCUAGCCCAAGCAGCUGCAGAAGGAGCUGUAAGGGUUAAGAGGAGAAGGGGCCCACAUAGAGGGGAAGAUUUCACCUUGACCCAGGCCUUGAUAAAGGCUGAUUUUUGGCUUAUCUUUUUCUCCCUUCUCUUGGGUUCUGGAUCUGGUUUAACUGUGAUUGAUAAUCUGGGUCAGAUGAGCCAGUCUUUGGGGUAUGAUAACACGCAUGUAUUUGUUUCCAUGAUCAGCAUUUGGAACUUCCUUGGUCGCAUUGGUGGUGGUUACUUUUCUGAAAAGAUAGUCAGGGACUAUGCUUAUCCAAGGCCAGUCGCCAUGGCUGUUGCCCAAGUCAUAAUGGCAAUUGGACAUUUCAUCUUUGCUAUGGGUUGGCCUGGGGAUAUGUAUGUCGGAACUCUUUUGGUUGGGCUUGGCUAUGGAGCCCACUGGGCAAUUGUGCCGGCUGCUGCUUCAGAGUUGUUCGGCUUGAAAAAGUUUGGUGCUCUAUACAACUUUCUGACUCUUGCGAACCCUGCUGGGUCAUUGGUAUUCUCAGGCAUUAUUGCCAGCAGUAUAUAUGACACAGAGGCUGAGAAGCAAGCCCAGGAGCACCAUCAUGGUCCACAAGUUGCACGAUCAUUGUUAUCGACCGUUCUUUCUCUGGAUGAGCCUUUAAAAUGUGACGGUUCUAUUUGCUUCUUCCUUGACCUUCCCAUGAUUAUGUCUGGACUUUGUGUUAUUGCAGUUCUUCUGAGCAUGAUUCUCGUGUAUCGGACUAGGGUUGUCUAUGCUAAUUUGUAUGGAAAAUCCCGUACAUAACUUGCCAAUGAAGCAUGUGAACAGGAAGAGUCUCUGUACCCUAUGCAAGUUCGUAAAGCAUUUCACCUUCUCCAACUUGUAUUUCGAGAUGUAUUUGUGCAAGUAUUCCAGUGCACUCGUCCCAGACACAGCAAGCAAGAAAGUAGAUGCCUUAGUGUCAUUGUUAUGCUAUUGAGUAGCAUUGUGGUGGAGUUGGUUAUUCUUUUUCGAGUACCAGACAGUGCAGAUUUCUUCUUGUUUUUUCAGUGUGAUUUUCUUAGACUUAAAUUAGAUCAUGUCCAAAAUAUAUAUAUAUAAAGAGGGA